AUGUACUGUAUAUACACUCACAAUGACUUCGAAUGGGGCGUUCCGAAGUGCGCCAAAGGUGACACGAUUCUGAGGAGGAAGAAGCGGGCAACAUCAUCGCAGUUCUCCAAGUGCUUGGUACUUAACAAGCAACGCAAGUCAUCAACCGAUUUGCCCAAUCGCAAAUCCAACCGAACUGGCCUGGCGAUAGACAUCCUCAACCAGAACUCAAGUCUCAAACCGUGGCAUCUGCCAAAAUUAAUCAAAAGAAGGCUAUGGCACUUGCAGCCCCGAAACUCGAAUAACCAAGGAAAAUCCUUCUAA